GGAAUGCGGAUGGCUGCCCUGGACUCCGCGUCUUCAGCCUCCGGACACUUUCCUUCCCCAAAGCCCUUUUAGUCAAAGGUCAUGUGUGUGUCUUGUCAAAGGCCAGCUUGCAAUGGAAUCAUUGUCCCCCGGGACAGCGGCCCCCUGACUACAUCUGCAUUGGAGAAAUCCCAAAAGCAAACGGCCCAGUGCAAACAAGAGCAGUCCGCAGCGGCCGUGCCUGCACAGCUCCCAGGUCCCGGCCCGCAGGCGAGGCCGCGCCCGAGCGCCCGGGCCGCAGCAGGCACCAGAAGCCCGCAGCAUGACCCGCCACGCCGAUCGGAUAAUAUCCCUGUUCACUUUUGCUGUUGGAGUCAAUAUCUGCUUAGGAUUCACUGCACAUCGAAUUAAGAGGGCAGAAGAAUGGGAUGAAGGUCCUCCUACAGUGUUAUCAGACUCGCCCUGGACCAACACCUCUGGAUCUUGCAAGGGCAGAUGCUUUGAACUUCAAGAUGUUGGACCUCCUGAUUGUCGGUGUGACAACUUGUGUAAGAGUUACAUCAGUUGCUGCCAUGACUUUGACGAGCUCUGUUUGAAGACAGCUCGUGGCUGGGAGUGUACGAAGGACAGAUGUGGAGAAGUAAGAAAUGAAGACAAUGCCUGUCACUGCUCGGAGGACUGCUUGGCCAGGGGAGACUGCUGUACUAAUUACCAAGUGAUUUGCAAAGGAGAGUCACAUUGGGUAGAUGAUGACUGUGAGGAAAUAAAGGCCCCAGAAUGCCCUGCAGGGUUUGUUCGCCCUCCAUUAAUCAUCUUCUCUGUGGACGGCUUCCGUGCAUCAUACAUGAAGAAAGGCAGCAAGGUCAUGCCUAACAUUGAAAAACUAAGGUCUUGUGGCACACAUUCUCCUUACAUGAGGCCUGUGUACCCAACAAAAACCUUUCCUAACUUAUACACUUUGGCCACCGGACUGUAUCCAGAAUCACAUGGAAUUGUUGGCAAUUCAAUGUAUGAUCCUGUAUUUGAUGCUACUUUCCAUUUGCGAGGGCGAGAGAAAUUUAAUCAUAGAUGGUGGGGAGGUCAACCGCUAUGGAUUACAGCCACCAAGCAAGGGGUGAAAGCUGGAACAUUCUUUUGGUCUGUAGUCAUCCCUCAUGAGCGGAGAAUAUUAACCAUACUGCAGUGGCUCAGCCUACCAGAUAAUGAGAGGCCUUCGGUCUAUGCCUUCUAUUCUGAACAACCUGAUUUCUCUGGACACAAAUAUGGCCCUUUUGGCCCUGAGAUGACAAAUCCUCUGAGGGAAAUUGACAAAACUGUGGGGCAAUUAAUGGAUGGACUGAAACAGCUGAAGCUGCAUCGGUGUGUCAAUGUCAUCUUUGUUGGAGACCAUGGAAUGGAAGAUGUCACAUGUGAUAGAACUGAGUUCUUGAGCAAUUACCUGACUAAUGUGGAUGAUAUUACUUUAGUGCCUGGAACUCUAGGAAGAAUUCGGCCCAAAUUUAGCAAUAAUGCUAAAUAUGACCCUAAAGCCAUUAUUGCUAACCUCACGUGUAAAAAACCAGAUCAGCACUUUAAACCUUACAUGAAACAGCACCUUCCCAAACGCUUGCACUAUGCCAACAACAGAAGAAUUGAGGAUAUCCAUUUGUUGGUGGACCGCAGGUGGCAUGUUGCAAGGAAACCAUUAGAUGUUUACAAGAAACCAUCAGGAAAAUGUUUUUUCCAGGGAGACCAUGGAUUUGAUAACAAGGUCAACAGCAUGCAGACUGUUUUUGUAGGUUAUGGCCCAACAUUUAAGUACAAGACUAAAGUACCUCCAUUCGAAAACAUUGAACUUUACAAUGUUAUGUGUGAUCUCCUGGGAUUGAAACCAGCUCCUAAUAAUGGGACCCAUGGAAGUCUGAAUCAUCUCCUGCGUACUAAUACCUUCAGGCCAACCAUGCCAGAGGAAGUUGCCAGACCCAAUUAUCCAGGGAUUAUGUACCUUCAGUCUGAUUUUGACCUGGGCUGCACCUGUGAUGAUAAGGUAGAGCCAAAGAACAAAUUGGAUGAACUCAACAAACGCCUUCAUACAAAAGGGUCUACAGAAGCUGAAACCAGGAAGUUCAGAGGCAGCAAAAAUGAAAACAAGGAAAACAUUAAUGGAUAUUUUGAACCUAGAAAAGAGAGACACCUCCUCUAUGGACGACCUGCAGUGCUAUAUCGGACCAGAUAUGAUAUUUUAUAUCAUACUGACUUUGAAAGUGGUUAUAGUGAAAUAUUCCUAAUGCCCCUCUGGACAUCAUAUACUGUUUCCAAACAGGCUGAGGUCUCUGGCAUCCCCGAGCAUCUGACCAGUUGUGUCCGGCCUGACGUCCGUGUUUCUCCGAGUUUCAGUCAGAACUGUUUGGCCUACAAAAAUGAUAAACAGAUGUCCUACGGAUUCCUCUUUCCUCCUUAUCUGAGCUCUUCGCCAGAGGCUAAAUAUGAUGCAUUCCUUGUAACCAACAUGGUUCCAAUGUAUCCUGCUUUCAAACGGGUUUGGAAUUAUUUCCAAAGGGUAUUGGUGAAGAAAUAUGCCUCAGAAAGAAAUGGAGUUAAUGUGAUAAGUGGACCAAUUUUUGACUAUGACUACGAUGGCUUACAUGACACAGAGGACAAAAUAAAGCAGUACGUGGAGGGCAGUUCCAUUCCCGUUCCAACUCACUACUAUAGCAUCAUCACCAGCUGCCUGGAUUUCACUCAGCCUGCUGACAAGUGUGACGGCCCUCUCUCUGUGUCCUCCUUCAUCCUUCCUCAUCGGCCCGACAAUGACGAAAGCUGCAAUAGCUCAGAGGAUGAGUCGAAAUGGGUAGAAGAACUGAUGAAGAUGCACACAGCUCGGGUGCGGGACAUUGAACAUCUCACCAGUCUGGAUUUCUUCAGAAAGACCAGCCGCAGCUACCCAGAAAUUCUGGCACUCAAGACAUACCUGCAUACAUAUGAGAGCGAGAUUUAACUUUCUGAUCAUCUUCAGUGCCGUCUUAUCAACUGGUGUAUAUUUUUAUAUUGUUUUUGUAUUUAUUAAACCAGGACAUUAAAAAAUAUUAGUAUUUUAAUCCUGUACCAAAUCUGACAUAUUAUGCCUGAAUAACUCCACUGUUUUUCUCUAAUGCUUGAUUUAGGUAGUCUUGUGUUCUGAGUAGAGCUUGUAAUAAAUACUGCAGCUUGAGUUUUUAGUGGAAGCUUCUAAAUGGUGCUGCAGAUUUGAUAUUUGCAUUGAGGAAAUAUUAAUUUUCCAAUGCACAGUUGCCACAUUUAGUCCUGUACUGUAUCGAAACACUGAUUUUGUAAAGUUGCAUUCAUUUGCUGUUAACUAUGACAAACGUAUUUAAGCCUUAUAAACCAAUCUUAAACAUAAUAAAUCACACAUUCAGUUUUU